AUGUGGCUAUCGAAUACAAGUGUAGUUUUGCUAUUAUUAUAUUUUUGCCACGUGGCACAAAGUGCAUCAAUUCUCGCGCUUUUCUCUUCACUGUCGUUUGCUGAUCAUCUUGUUUUCCGAGGAUAUGUUUCACUAUUGACCCGUCAAGGACACACUGUUGUUCUCAUGACACCUUAUCCUGGAUAUUUUGACUAUCCAGAUGUGGAACGAAUUGUUGAGUUAAGUGUUGCUCAAGAAUCAGCAAAAUAUUGGGACGAAUUCAAGAUCUUAAUGACUAACACUGAUGAUUAUUUUAAAAGAAUGAGAGCUAUAAAUGAUCUUUCAAUAAAAAUUGCUGUAACGCAGCUAACGUCGAAGCCUAUGACAGCUCUGUUUUCUAAUCCAAACGUGAAAUUUGAUUUAGUGAUAACUGAAGCCGAAGUUCCAAUAUUAUAUGGUGCUGCUGAAAAGUAUCGCGCCCCUCAUAUAUCAAUAACUCCAACUAGCGGAAGAAUCACGCAAUACGAAUCUAAGGGAUCGCCAAUACAUCCAAUACUGUAUCCAGAUGUUAAUACUUUGAAUUAUAGAAACAUAACGCGUUGGCAGAAAGUCGUUGAAUUGUAUCGUUACUUCCAAACUCGAAAUGAAUACUAUAACAAUUAUCUACCACUCUGUGAAAUAGCAGCUAAAAAGAUUUUUGGUCUUAAAAGGAAUAUUCUUGAAGUUGAAUAUGACAUCGAUUUGUUAUUUGUUGCUGGAAAUCCUGUUUUGAUAGGCAACAGACCCACUUCAUAUGCCAUAAAAUAUGUUGAUCGAUUACAUAUUAAACCAGGUUUUGGAUUGUCGGAUGAUCUUAAAGCGGCUUUAGAUUCAGCCACUAAAGGAGCUAUUUACUUUAGUUUAGGAGCCCUGCAAGAAUCCGAACACUUGUCUGAUAAUAUUUUACAGACAUUAGCUGAUGCAUUCAGAGAAUUGCCUUAUUUGGUGUUAUGGAAAAUUGGUAACACAACUAUGAUAAAUAAACCAGAUAACGUUCUAGCGAAUGCGUGGUUCCCUCAACAAGAAAUUUUGGCACAUCCUAAUAUUAAAGCCUUCAUUACUCAUGGAGGUCCACGUUCUCUAGAAGAGGCUCUAUUUUAUGAAGUUCCUAUAAUUGGUUUACCAACUAUUAAGUCUAGAGCGGUAUUUAUUAAAGAAAUAACUCGCUAUGGAGCAGGAGAAGUGCUGGAUAUGCACUAUUUAGACAAGGACACACUUAAAGAAGUUAUUAAUGCCGUUGCAUCUUCAGACAGCUAUAAAAAAGCGAUGAUGAAGUUAAAAAGUAUGGUCGUGGAUCCAUUAAUAUCGGGGCCAGACAAUGCUCAAUGGUGGACGGAAUAUGUAUUGCGAAACGGUGGUGCUAAACAUUUACGGUCACCAGCUGUGGGACUUAGUUUCGUCAAAUACUACAUGCUCGAUAUAUUCAGUGUUGUUACAUCUAUAUUACUGACAAUGGUCACACUAACGUAUUUUAUGUUACGUUAUAUAAUAAAACGUUUAAAAGUUCGUUUCUUGCAAAGAUUUAAAUCUUCGGGCAAAUUUAAAGCAUUAUAA